UUUUGAUCCAAAGAUUUUUUUAUGUUUUUUGUUUAUAUAAAAAUAAAUUGAAUAAUUUAUACAAUUGAUGUUUCACUUAUAUCUUUAAGUGCAAAUUCCAUCUGGUCAUUCAUGUGGAUUCAACACUUCACACAGGUUAAAGAAGGAAAAUCUGAAGAAAGGAAAACUAAUAAAAACACUUCUGGAAAUAAAGAAAAUAAAGUCAAGGAAGACCACCUACCCUUGAAAAAAAGAAGAGUUGACCCACAAUUCUGUAAAAAUUUAUUCAAUAAUGCAGAAGGUCCAGAAGUGAGAACUACUAGAGCAUCUCAGGCCGCGGAUAAGAAAGAGCUUGCCAAAAAGAAUGAGUCAGAACCAACAAUAAUUGGACCAAGCGCUCCACCUCAGGUUCUACCUACGCCACUUUUCCUACCGGAUCCAGUCAGAUCAGCAAGUGUGCAUGCGAUGGAUGCCCCUUUCAAAAUGAAUUGCGAGCCUGUCAGCCCGAUCAUACCACCGAUGAACGAUAACGAGUUCCUAAAUUGGGAUGGCGACUUCAAGAAUAUGUCGCUGAAGCCCAAAGAGCCGCCCGCUGAAACUAUUGGACAAACGUUCGAAGAGCGUAUGGAGGAAAUUAGGUCCAUCAUUGAGACUGAUGAGCAAGAUUUUGCCAAAUAUAAGGAGUCACGCAAGCAACACAUGGCCAUGAUUGGUGACAUAAUAGACAACUUAAAGAAAGCUUCAGGUGAGAAGGUAAAAGCGGCGGAAGAAAGCCCGGUCACUGCUAAUGUUCCAUAUAACAUGUUGGAAAAUCAUAUAACCGCGGAUUCUUGGGAAUUACGAAAGCCAUUAUUCACAGUAAGUGAGGAGCCAAGUGCUCAACCACCAGUUGGUGAGGAGCCUAAAAUCGAAGAAGUGCAGGUGGUGGCUGUUACUGUGGACGAAUUAGUGUUUCUCCAGGAUAUCGCAUCGCGCUUGUUGACUCAAGUGCAAGAUUUUGAGCAAACUAUUUCAUAACUUUUUUGUAUGUUUGUUUUGGCAGGAAUCGUUUAUGUUGUUGUAAUUUAGUUACAUUGUUUUUUACAAUCAUACUUUUGAUACGAAGAGUCUUUGUAUUAUUUGUUCAUAAAAAAAUAAAUUGAAUAAUUUAUUCA